UAAAAAGGGAUUAUUUUUUUGGUGCCAUUAAGGCUAAAUUGAAUUCUAAACGUCACCCCGGUCAAAACGGGCUCUGCGAUGGGCCUGCGCUGGUGUUCCAGUUUAGCCAACGUUCUUUUGCAAUUUUCAGCCUUGGGUGAAUUUCGACUUGUUCUAUUGUCCAGCCUACCCCUGCACUUUUAAGACAGCCCCAUAGCCGCAAGUGCAUAAUAUUCCCCCAUUGAAAGCCAACGUAAAGUCACUUUUUGAAAACGGAGAAAAUAAAGGUUAUACCUUGCGCUCUACCAUCGGAAUUAAGAUAUCUCUAGGACCUUCAGUUGAAGAUGUAUUGACGAGCAAGCUCCGAAUAUCUAACCACUAUCCAAACUGGAAACAAACCUACUGCGGUGAAUCUCGGCUGACAUUAUCUGGAAAACUACGCUAGGUUAGCGUAGCUGUUUGAAAAUGAUACCAACAAAGCUGAGUAAGAAGGACCCAACCCCUCAGCUCAUCCCAGCAAAACAAGUUUAUUUGGCUUGACGACCCUGGAUCAGAGCUGUGUUGAAACGCACCAGAACAAUCGCUUCGAUGAAAAUAACGUUAACGCAAGGUAUUGCGUUUUAGUCAGCUAGCUUGUUGAAGCUUAGCAAGAAAAGUGCACGUUUCAGAAAUGGCCACAGCCGGAACAGUUAAUUCAGGUCCAGCGAGUUCCACUGUAGGCUCAACUGAGACUCAGAAGAUAGCUUCUUUAGAGGUUCUAGGGUCCUCAGGCUCGUCUCAAACUAUAAAGAAGACUAUUGGCCACCGUGGGCUUGACCCCACUGGGGAGACCACCUACAAGAAGACUACCUCGUCUGCCCUGAAAGGUGCCAUCCAGUUGGGCAUCACACACACAGUGGGCAGCCUGAGCCAAAAACCUGAGAGAGAUGUACUCAUGCAGGACUUUGAAGUGGUGGAGAGCAUCUUUUUCCCCAGUGAGGGCAGUAACCUGACCCCAGCCCACCACUACAGUGACUUCAGGUUCAAGACCUACGCUCCCAUCGCCUUCCGCUACUUCAGGGAGAUGUUUGGUAUCCGACCAGACGAUUACCUGUACUCGUUGUGUAACGAGGAACUGAUUGAGCUGUCCAACUCUGGAGCCAGCGGAUCUCUGUUCUACGUCUCAAGCGAUGACGAGUUCAUCAUUAAGACUGUGCAGCACAAAGAGGCUGAGUUCUUACAGAAACUAUUGCCUGGCUACUUCAUGAACCUGAACCAGAACAAGCGAACCUUGCUGCCAAAGUUCUACGGUCUCUACUGCAUCCAGGCAGGGGGAAAGAACAUCCGCAUUGUUGUCAUGAACAACCUGCUCCCGCGCGCCGUGCGCAUGCACCUCAAGUACGACAUGAAGGGCUCCACCUAUAAGAGACGAGCCUCAGCCAAGGAACGAGAAAGGGCUGUGCCCACGUUCAAGGAUCUGGACUUCAUCCAGGACCUUCCCGAUGGUCUUCUGUUGGAACCAGACAAUUACAACGCCCUCAGCAAGACCAUCCAGAGAGACUGCCUGCUGCUACAGAGCUUUAAGAUCAUGGACUACAGCAUGCUGGUGGGGAUCCACAACCUGGAGCAGGCGGCCCGGGAGCGGGCUGGAGAGGUGGCCGACCAGAGGCCCCCACCGUCUCAGGGCCAAAAGUCCCUCUACUGCACUGCCAUAGAGGCCAUCCAAGGAGAGGCGCACGGCAAGGGAGCAGUGGACACUGAGGACAACAUGGGAGGUAUUCCAGCAUGCAAUUCCAAGGGCAAGAGGAUGCUGGUGUACAUUGGUAUAAUUGACAUUCUGCAGUCCUACAGGUUUGUGAAGAAGAUCGAGCACUCCUGGAAAGCUCUGGUCCAUGAUGGGGAUACAGUGUCCGUGCACAGACCAGGUUUCUACGCUGACCGCUUUCAGAAAUUCAUGUGCAACACAGUCUUCAAGAAGAUUCCAUUGAAGACAUCCCCAUCAAAGAAGACCCGAGUGGGGACCCAGGGAGGCUUACGGAGGGCCAACACUGCAAGCUCCAGACCCUUUCCAUUCCCCCAGCCCAGCAGUAGCAGCAGCCUAGGAGUCCCACACUCCCAAAGUACAGAGACUGAGGGAGUCAGCGUGGUGCAGUCAGGAUGCCCUGACAUACCACCAAAUACACCCAUACAUGAUGUUGUCACCAGUAACUCUGUUGAAACAACCCUCUUCAAUUCCUUGUUGGGACGCUCGAAGCUCGCUACCACAGCUCCCUCCGUCAGAUCUGUGGGAGAGGAGGUCCAUGAGGCAGCCAGUACAGAGGACGCUAGCACCCCCAAAAGUUUUGAAGCAGUGACCUCAGUGUCGUCAGUUGAUGAGUGCAUCGGUGGAUGUGACGUCAUCUCACUCAGUGACAUAGUUCCUCAGACAAGCAGUUGUUAUUGAACAAUUUACUGUGAAAGACUGAAAUGGACUGUAAUGUGAGGACAAUUAGGUCAAAGCAAGUCAAUGGAUGGGAUGAGUGUAAGAUGAAAAACUUUUUGAAGGCCUUAUGAAAGAGAAACAAUGGAAGGAUAAUGUGAUAAUGCGACAGAGGUAAAGGAGGGAAACAGAAAAGAAAGACUAAGGACUACAUUUGGAAUGCUACACACUCCAGAUGCUAUUAUGGGGACCAUACAUCCAAAUUCCAUUGAUGGGAUCCUUCUUGUUUGAUCUUUCCAAACCCUGCACGGGAUUAGGUAGUACUGUGUCACAGUGCAUGGGUGCCUUUUUCUAUUAGACCACAGUUGGUGGUGUAUUAGACAAGUACAUCUAAGUUGUAGUUGUUGUGCAUUGCAUCUCCGAACGGGUGCCUCUGUCAGGACCUGCACAUCUCUGAAACUAAGAGACUCCUAGUAUUGUUAUAGUCGAGGCAAUGGUAGACAUGCUACAUUAAUAAGUUGCCUUAUGUGAGAAGAGGCUAAACAAGCCUUCACAAAAGUGACCAAAAGGCGCCAAGACUGUUUCUCCCUUUUGUGACUCAUUCAUCCUGCCUGUGAAUUGGAUUGCUGGAGAUCUUCCAUAUUGAGCUUUCCUGUACUAUACUAUCAUUACAUUAUAUUGGUAUAUAUUAUUUUAUUCCAAACUGUGGCACUAUGACAGAAUGCCACUAUUGGUGUUCAGAAGUACUGUUUGAAGAAUUUUUAAUUAAAAAAAAAAAAUCCCUAUGACAUAUUUAGAUGUUUGCCCUUGCUCCACAAGCUCACUCUGAAUGUUACACACCCUGUAUGCUGGAAUGGCUAGAAUGUACAGUGUUUGGUAAACCCAUUAAGAAAGCAAUUUAGGGCAUGAAGCAAGCAGGGCCUAUAGUUUCUGGUGUGUAAAGAUGGGUCUUAGCUAGCGCUUCGUGGCAUGAGACAGUUGGGCUUAUAGAACAACAUUUUACUAUGGAAAAGCACAUAUACAAGGAUCAACAAAUAGUUUCUCAACAGGAUUAUUUUUAGGGUAUGAAAGAAUACUUCUAAUGUUCCCCUAUACAUUUUUAUAACUCAUUCCACAACCAGAAUCAAUAUAGAAUGAUUUUACACCGUUAUAAUUCCUAUGUAUAAUCCCUACCUUUUCUAUAACAGGAAGCAGCCACAGCACUUCUAGGUGAUGGUAGGUGAUACUUGAGGGUUCAGGUGUGGAAUGUUGUCCCCUUUUGAUGUUUCCAUUGAUCCCCCAAUGACGAAGGUGUUAUUUAAAACAAUGACAGGUUCAGCCAUAGAGGUACACUGAACACUAAUAUAAAUGUGACAUGUAAAGUGUUGGUUCCAUGUUUCAUGAGCUGAAAUAAAAGAUAAUCUAUCCACCUGA